AUUUCCUCUCCCUGAGGAAUUUCCUAUUUGCUCCGAGAAUCGCACGCUAAUCGCGCGCUCUCUCCCCCUGCAAAGCGAAUUCCCUCCUAUUAAAUUCCUUGGCUAGUCUCUCCCGCCUUCCGGACGCGCGUGAUAACUCCCCUUGGCCCGCGUGAGUGGAGGAAGAGACCCGUGUCUAGCGAGCUGUCAACCAACGUGGGCCGGAAAGACUCACACACGCAGAAAGGGGCGAGCGAACGAUCGGGCGAGCGGAGACGCGACGCCCGCCGUGCCGGUGUGCUCGCUCGCUCGCUCGCGUCCGCGCUCCUCUUCCCCGCGGGCUGACGUGCGGGUGCGAGGACGAGGCGGCCACUGCCCUCGUGCCCGCGCCGGAGUUGGCGUUGAUCGCAGUGCGCUGGGCUUCGAGUGAGUCAGGCCUUACAGGGACGAGGAGGAGGAGGAGGAGGAGAAAGCUCAACGAGAGGAGCGGGGAAGGAGAAGGGGGACUCCACGCGCGCGCGCCCGCUGCCUAGAGGCUGAGGCGAGGCGGAGAGGGAGGCGGGGGUUGCUGCUGCCGCUAGUCCUGCUCGGUAGGCUUCCCUUCCCGUCCUCCCCCCUGCCCGCCCUCUCCUCCUCCUCCUCCUCCUCCUCCUUCCUCCAGGACCGAGCGAGCGUGUAAGCAGCGAUGGCGGCCGCCGGGGCUCUGACCAAGCACGAUCAGAUCCUGGUGCUCGAUCCGCCCACCGACCUCAAAUUCAAAGGCCCUUUCACAGAUGUAGUCACUACAAAUCUUAAACUACGAAACCCGUCAGACAGAAAAGUAUGUUUCAAGGUGAAGACUACAGCACCUCGUCGAUACUGUGUGAGGCCAAACAGUGGAAUUAUUGACCCAGGAUCCUCUGUAACUGUAUCAGUGAUGUUACAGCCAUUUGACUAUGAUCCAAAUGAGAAGAGUAAACACAAGUUCAUGGUACAGACAAUCUUUGCCCCACCAAACAUUACAGAUAUGGAAGCAGUGUGGAAGGAUGCAAAACCUGAAGAAUUAAUGGAUUCCAAAUUGAGAUGCGUAUUUGAAAUGCCUAAUGAAAAUGAUAAGCUCAAUGACAUAGAUGCAAGCAAAUCUGCUCCAAUACUGAAUACAACUAAACAGGAUGGUCCAAUGCCAAAACCACAUAGUGUUUCACUUAAUGACACUGAAACAAGGAAGCUAAUGGAAGAAUGCAAAAGACUUCAGGCAGAUGUGGUGAAGCUAUCAGAGGAAAAUAGACACCUGAGAGAUGAAGGUUUGAGGCUGAGAAAGGUGACACACUCGGAUAAACCUGGACCAUCAGGCUUGGCCCUCCGAGAUAAUGGCUCCAAUCCUCUUCCCUCACUUCUUGUUGUAAUUGCAGCCAUUUUCAUUGGAUUCUUUUUAGGGAAAUUCAUCUUGUAGACAGGGAGAAAGAGAAAGAAGCAUGCAGAUAGCAGCUUCCUUUUUAUUUUCUCGGUCAGAAAAAUGUAUUUACCUACCACUUCAUUGGUAGUAUGGCCCAAGUGACCAUUUUUGUGUACAGCAUCAUAUAGGCUUUGCCUCUAAUGAUCUUGCACGGUUAGACAACACAAUAAAAAAGACAAACUGUUCGGCUGCUGGACAAAAUUGUAUAUUAAUUCAUCAAUAGCAGGUGUCAGUUGCACAUUCAGUCCUUUAUGAAAAGUCAUAAAUAAAGAAUUGUUCUUUCUUUCUGUGGUUUUAAUAAGAGUUAAAAAUUGUUCAGAGUCUUGUAAAUGUUAUUUUAAUAAUCCUUUAAAAUUUUAUCUGUUGCUCUUGCCUCGUAAAAAUGAUUAUUAGAAUGCUAAUCCCACUUGUUCAGGAAUAUGAUGAGGCAUUCUGUGGGGAAAUGGUUCCUCUUAGUGUGUAAAUUUCCUCCUUUACCUUACUUGGCUGAUAUCAUGGCAGAAUUUCUUAUUCCUUGUGAGGCAGUUGUUGAAAAAGUUUUUCAUCCUUACAGCCCUGUCCCAUGGUAUUUAACAUACAAAAUAAAACUGUUAACAGACUGGG